GAAAGCAGGGAUUUAUUGAAAAUGCAAGUACAUUCCACAGUGUGGGAGCAGGCCCGAGUGGUAUUCAACGGUCCCGGAUACAGAAUCUUCUCUGGUCCAAAUACCCACUGGAGGUUUCCCAUUGACCACUUGGUGCUCACCUCAUGUAAAUGAAGUGGUGGCCUGCAAUCAGUCUGAUUGGUCGCGGAAAGCAAACAACCAGAGGCUGAAGUGAAGUUACAAAGGUCACGCUCCUAUGCAAACAUCUCAUUGGUUGCAGAAAGCAACCAAUCAGAGGCUAAAGUGAAGUUACAAAGUUGCACUUCUAUGCAAAGGAAGACUUGGCCUGCAAUCAGUCUGAUUGGUUGCCAAUCAGAGGCUGAAGUAAAGUUACAAAGUUACACUCCUAUGCAAACAUCUGAUUGGUUGCAAAAAAAAACAACUAUACAAAGGUACUUUCCAUUUCCCAUUGCCCCACAGAAAAGGUGGGGGUUUGCAAAGGGAGUAGCCUCUGGACCUUUUGCUACUUAGGCAUGGAAAGUUAGGGUUUUCCUUUCAAUUUAGUUCUAGGAAGUUAGCAUGAAAUGGCCUUAGGUUCCCUGCCUCCAGACCCUAUUCUCCUGCCUCAACCGCACCACUGAAGUCUGAACUGAAGUUGCUCUUGGUGAAAUGUAUGAGGCCCAUCAUCUGGCUGGGUGCCCUGCCUGUGGUCCUUCCUCAGUCACUGCCUCCCCUGCUUUUGAGUUUUCCAGGCUCCAGUAACUGGAACUACUUCUUGACAACAGAAAUAUUCCCUAUUGCCUGUGCUCCUUGCAGCCAUGGAAAAUGCCCCAGGAGUUCCAUUAUUUCCUUCUAAACAGUCCAGCAGGAUUUUUAGUUCACACGACUUCUUAAUUUGGUCCUGUCCCUUUCCCAACCCAGGUGUGUCUGACAUUGUUUUCUGGAUCAGAGAAACUUUGCUUUCUUCACAGAGGCCUACAGAUUCUCCAUAUACCAGCGGAGCAUGGUGCGUGCUCAUCUGUCUCCAACCUCAUCUGACAAGAACGUCUUCUUCCCUGCUGCCAGGAGGUGCCCCAGCAUGGGCAUGUCUGCCUGUGAAGUUCAACCCUUAAGGAAUUUCCUGCCAGCCUGUGGCUCAUUGGUCUGGAAUUCCAGGUGCUGCUCUUAGCAGCCCCUAAGCACAUCCAGGGAAAAGCUGGCACAUUUAUGUCAGUGCCACUCAGUGGCCUGGGCCUGCCUGCUGCCCAGAGGCAGCGAGAGGGGAGAACAUGAACCACACCAGAGCAUACUGGUGUGGUCCAUGCCAGGCCUUCUUGGGACCAAUGUGCCUCAUGGAGACUGGGAUCAAAGGACAGCUGUGCCCAAAAGAGGCUCAGCUUGCCAGUCCUUCAGCCCCAUAAAGUUGGGGAGUCAUGGGCGGGUAGGAAGAGUGAGAGAAAGAGAGAGAGACCUACAGGUGAGAGAAAGAGAGAGAGACCUACAGGUGUGCAGUGCCUGAUAGAAACAGCAACCUUUGCCCACCGGAAAAGCUGUCCUCACCAGUGUCCUGGUGCCUGGUCAUUCACUCAUGGGGAAAAGAAGAGCAGACAUAGAGUGAGGGUAGAAAGCCCCCUCCCCCACAUUUUCAAAUGUACCUGGACAAGCAUCCUUAUUCACAGCUGGAAAAAGCUGGAUUCAGUAGAAUGCCAUUUGGAAAACAUCAUUCUGAAGCACCAUCCCCUCUGGCCCCUGAAUCCUCACCGGCUUCCACCCUCUGCUCACCUUGGGCCCUGGAUUCCAGCACCCCCAGGCUCCCAGCUGCCUCCCUGUCUCUGCCCCAUGGUUUUGCCUGGAGUUCUGGCCCCUGGUUGUGUCCUGUGGCCCCAUUCUCAUGCGCCCUUUGCUUCUAUUUCUUUACCUAUGACUUUAUACUGAUGUAAAGCAAGUCUUCUCGGUCUCUUCUUGUUCUUUGAGGAAUGAUGAAUCAGAAUCUAAAUGGAAAAUCUGGGCAGCGGAUUUUCCCCGGCUGCCCAGCGGGAGCCACCAGCGGCAGCCACCCUGACCUUCCAUGUCUAGAUCAUCUGGGUUCCAACCUCCAUCCUCCUCCAAUGAGAAGCUUUUGUCCUCUCAAGAUUCCAGUGACUUCUCCAAACUUCUCUUCACCCCUGGCUGUUGCAAGGCGGCCCCAUAGUCAAGAUUCCUUAAACCCUUGCACCUAAAAUGUUUGCCUUUCUUACCAUGUUGGCUCCAGCCUCUGGUCCCAGGGGUGUGGAGAGUUCUCUCUUACCUCUGGUUGAUUUCUAGGAAGGCUAAGAACACUCUCCCCAAGUUAUAAUGCUGAGCAUUUUGGUUCUCUCCAGCCCUGGGUCCCAAUGUCGAGACCUACCUUAAUCCAGUUCAGGCUCUCCGAUGGGCCUGAGAGAUUUGAAGUUUCCAGCUUUCCCUCCAACUCUCCAACCUUCCAUCCCCCAUCUCCAGCCAUGUCAGCAAGGGGAAGGGGCAAACGUGGAGUUUUCCCCCCAACUCCCAUGUAAACUAUGCCCCCUCUUAGAGGGCAGCUAAGGACAAUUUUGGUUCAAGGACAUUUUUUUUUUGCUGUCUAUUGCACAAACAAGUGGACUCCCGGGAGCCGGCCCUGCUCGUCCCCUGGGCCCUCCUUCCCUGGUCCUGCAGGUCUUGCUGCUUGUCAGGCCUCUCCUCCAACCCUCUGCCACAUUUCAGAAAAGCUGAGAACCCCUUGGAGUGAAAAAGGAGGAGAAACACAGUGUCCAUAGCCCAGAAGGAGGUUAAAUAAAUACUUUCACUUCUCUUUUCCCCAUUUGGGCGGAGCCCUUUCUGAGUCAGUCUGUCGGCCAACUUCCUGCUUGGGGCCUGGGCAGCCACACUGCACGCAGGCUGGGCCUACUGAGGGGCUCAGAGGCCAGGCUCUGAGGCCCCCGCAGGGCCUAGGGUGGGAAGAUGGCAGGUGGGGGCGGCGACCUGAGCACCAGGAGGCUGAAUGAAUGUAUUUCACCAGUAGCAAAUGAGACGAACCAUCUUCCUGCACACAGCCAGGAUUUGCAAAGGAUGUUCACGGAAGACCAGGAGGUAGAUGACAGGCUGCUCUAUGACAUUGUAUUCAAGCACUUCAAAAGACAUAAGGUGGAGAUUUCAAAUGCAAUAAAAAAGACAUUUCCAUUCCUCGAGGGCCUCCGUGAUCGUGAUCUCAUCACAAAUAAAAUGUUUGAAGAUUCUCAAGAUUCUUGUAGAAACCUGGUCCCUGUACAGAGAGUGGUGUACAAUGUUCUCAGUGAACUGGAGAAGAUAUUUAACCUGCCAGUUCUGGAAGCACUGUUCAGCGACGUCAACUUGCAGGAAUACCCCGAUUUAAUUCACAUUUAUAAAAGCUUUGAAAAUGUAAUACAUGACAAAUUGCCUCUCCAAGAAAGUGAAGGAGAAGAGAGGGAGGAGAGACCUGGAAUCCAACUAAGUCUUGAACAAGGAACUGGUGAAAACUCUUUUCGAAGCCUGACUUGGCCACCUUCGGGUUCCCCAUCUCAUGUUGGUACAACCCCACCUGAAAAUGGACUCUCAGAGCACCCCUGUGAAACAGAACAGAUAAAUGCAAAGAGAAAAGAUACAACCAGUGACAAAAAUGAUUCUCUAGGAAGCCAACAAAUAAAUGAACAAUGUGCUCAAAAGGCUGAGCCAACAGAGUCCUGCGAACAAGUCACUGUCCAAGUGAAUAACGGGGAUGCUGGAAGGGAGACGCCCUGCCCGUUGCCCUGUGAUGAAGAAAGCCCAGAGGCAGAGCUACACAACUAUGGAAUCCAAAUUAAUUCCUGUUCUGUGCGACUGGUGGAUAUAAAAAAGGAAAAGCCAUUUUCUAAUUCAAAAGUUGAGUGCCAAGCCCAAGCAAGAACUCAUCAUAACCAGGCAUCUGACAUAAUAGUCAUCAGCAGUGAGGACUCUGAAGGAUCCACUGACGUUGAUGAGCCCUUAGAAGUCUUCAUCUCAGCACCGAGAAGUGAGCCUGUGAUCAAUAAUGACAGCCCUUUAGGAUCAAAUGAGGAAAAGGAGGGCCAAGAAGCCACUUGCUCACGACCCCAGAUUGUACCAGAGCCCAUGAAUUUCAGAAAAUUAUCUACAUUCAGAGAAAGGUUUAAGAAAAGAGUAAUAGGACAAGACUACGACUUUUCAGAAUCCAGUGAGGAGGAGGCGCCCCCAGAAGCCUCAAGCGGGGCACUGAGAAGCAAGCAUGGUGAGAAGGAUCCUAUGAUUUCUAGAAGUACAUCUACUUGGAGAAUACCCAACAGGAAGAGACGUUUCAGCAGUAGUGACUUUUCAGACCUGAGUAAUGGAGAAGAGCUUCAGGAAACCUGCAGCUCAUCCCUAAGAAGUGGGUCAGGAUCACAGCCACAAGAACCUGAAAAUGAGAAGUGCUCCUGUGUCAUGUGUUUUCCAAAAGCUGUGCCAAGAAGCCAAGAAGCAAGGACUGAAAGUAGUCAAGCAUCUGACAUGAUGGAUACCAUGGAUGUUGAAAACAAUUCUACUUUGGAAAAACACAGUGGGAAAAGAAGAGAGAUGGGGUUUCGCCGUGUUGGCCAGGCUGGUCUCAAACUCCUGAGCUCAGGAAAAAAGAGAAGACAUAGAUCUAAAGUAAAUGGUCCCCAAAGAGGGAGAAAGAAAGACAGACCUAGGAAACAUUUAACUUGGAAUAACAAAGUCCAAAAGAAAAGAUGGCAACCAAGAGGAAGAAAAGCCAACACUAGACCUUUGAAAAGAAGAAAAAGAGGUCCAAGAAUUCCCAAAGAUGAAAAUAUUAAUUUUAAACAACCUGAACUUCCUGUGACCUGUGGUGAGGUGAAGGGCACUCUAUAUAAGGAGCGAUUCAAACAAGGAAGCUCAAAGAAGUGUAUACAGAGUGAGGAUAAAAAGUGGUUCACUCCCAGGGAAUUUGAAAUUGAAGGAGACCGCGGAGCAUCCAAGAACUGGAAGCUAAGUAUACGCUGCGGUGGAUAUACCCUGAAAUUCCUGAUGGAGAAAAAAAUUCUGCCAGAACCACCAAGCACAAGAAAAAAGAGAAUACUGGAGUCUCACAACAAUACCUUAGUUGACCCUUGUCCGGAAAACUCAAAUAUAUGUGAGGUGUGCAACAAAUGGGGACGGCUGUUCUGCUGCGACACUUGUCCAAGAUCCUUUCAUGAGCGCUGCCACAUCCCACCCGUGGAAGCUAACAAGAACCCAUGGAGUUGCAUCUUCUGCAGGAUAAAGACUAUUCAGGAAAGAUGCCCAGAAAGCCAAUCAGGUCAUCAGGAAUCUGAAGUCCUGAUGAGGCAGAUGCUGCCCGAGGAGCAGUUGAAAUGUGAGUUCCUCCUCUUGAAGGUCUACUGUGAUUCAAAAAGCUCCUUUUUCGCCUCAGAACCAUAUUAUAACAGAGAGGGGUCUCAGGGCCCACAGAAGCCCAUGUGGUUAAACAAAGUCAAGAGAAGGCUGAAUGAGCAGGUGUACUCCCGAGUAGAAGGGUUUGUGCAGGACAUGCGUCUCAUCUUUCAUAACCACAAGGAAUUUUACAGGGCACAUAAAUUCAUCAGACUGGGAAUUCAAGUACAGGACAACUUUGAGAAGAAUUUCAGAAACAUUUUUGCAAUUCAGGAAACAAGCAAGAAUAUUAUAAUGUUUAUUUAGCCGUUCUCAUCUCCUCCCUUCAGAUCCUCCGGCAGCUAGCUACACAAUGUGCCUGUGGUCCCACUAAUCUCUGACUGCUACUGUGGAAACUCCAUAUCACAAUUCUCCAAAAUUUAUCAUCGCCAUUUUAAAACUGUCUUUUCAGCUUUCAAUAAAAUUCAACACCCCUUCAUGUUAAAAAUUCUCAAUAAGCUAGGUAUUGAAGGAACAUAUUCCAAAAUAAUAAGAGACAUUUAUGACAAACCCACAGACAACAUUAUACGGAAUGUGCAAAAGAUAGAAGCAUUCCCCUUGAAAACAAGCACAAGACAAGGAUUCCCUCUCUCACCACUCCUAUUCAACAAAGUUUUGGAAGUCCUAGUCAGAGCAGUCAGGAAGCAGAAAAAAAUAAAGGGCAUCUAAAUAGGCAAAGAGGAAGUCAAACUAUCUCUGUUUGCAGACAACAUUGAUUCUAUAUCUAGAAAACUGCCUAGUCUCAGCCCAAAAGCUCCUUCUGCUGAUAAACAAUUUCAGAGAAGUUUCAGAAUACAAAAUCAGUACACGAAAAUUACUAGCAUUCCUAUACACCAACAAUAGCCAAGCCAAGAGCCAAAUCAGGAAGGCAAUCCCAUUCACAAUUGCCACAAAAAGAAUAAAAUACCUAGGAAUACAGCUAAUCAGGGAAGUGAGAGAUUUCUACAAUGAGAAUUACAAAACACUGCUCAAAGAGAUCGGAGAUGACACAAACAAAUGGAAAAACAUCCCAUGCUCAUGGGUAGAAACAGCCAAUAUCAUUAAAAUGGCCAUACUGCCCAAAGCAGUUUACAGGUUCAAUGUUAUUCCUAUCAAACCACCAAUGAGAUUCUUCACAGAACUAGAUAAAACUAUUUUAAAAUUCAUAUAGAACCAAAAAAAAGCCCAAAUAGCCAAGGCAAUUCUAAGCAAAAAGAACAAAGCUGAAGGCAUCACAUUACCCAACUUCAAACUAUAUUACAGGACUUCAGUAACCAAAACAGCAUGGUACUGGUACCAAAAAAAAGGCACAUAGACCAAUGGAACAGAAUGAAGAGCACAGAAUAAGACCACACGCCUAUGACCAUCUGAUCGCUGAUAAAAACAAGCAAUGGGAAAAAGACUCCCUAUUUUAUAAAUGGUGCUGGGAUAACUGGGAUAGAAGAUUGAAGCUAGACCUCUUCCUUACACCAUAUACAAAAAUCAACUCAAGAUCAAUUAAAGACUUAAUGUAAAAUCAAAAACUAUGAAAACUCUGGAAGACAACCUAGGCAAUACCAUCCUGGACAUAGGAACAGGCAAAGAUUUCAUGACAAAGACAAAAGCAAUUGCAACAAAAGCAAAAUUUGACAAAUGGGAUCUAACUAAACUUAAGAGAUUCUGCACAGCAAAAGAAACAAUCAACAGAGUAAACAGACAACCUACAAAACGGGAGAAAAUAUUUGCACACUAUGCAUCUCACAAAGGUCUAAUAUCCAGCUUCUAUAGGGAACUUAAACAAAUUUACAAGAGAAAAAGAAACAACCCCAUUAAAAAGUGGGCAAAGGACAUGAAAGACACUUUUUUUUUUUUUAAGAUGGAGUUUCAAUCUUGUUGCCCAGGUCAGAGUGCAAUGGCGUGAUCUUGGCUCACCACAACCUCUGCCUCCCGGGUUCAAGCAAUUCUCCUGCCUCAGCCUCCCAAGUGGCUGGGAUUACAGGCGUGCACCACCUGACUAAUUUUGUAUUUUAGUAGAGACGGGGUUUCUCCACAUUGGUCAGGCUGGUCUUGAACUCCCGACCUCAGGUGAUCCACCCGCCUCGGCCUCCCAAAGUGCUGAGAUUACAGGCGUCAGCCACCAUGCCCGGAUGAAAAGAUACUUUCCAAAAGAAGAUACACAUGCGGCCAACAAGCAUGUUUUAAAAGCUCAAUAUCACUGAUCAUUAGAGAAAUGCAAAUUAAAACUACAAUGAGACACCACCUCACACCAGUCAAAAUGCCUCUUUCUAAAAAGUCAAAAAAUAACAGCUAGUAAGGUUGUGGAGAAAAGGGAACAUUUAUACACUAUUGGUGGGAGUGUAAAUUAGUUCAACCAUUGUGGAAAGCAGUGUGGCAACUCCUCAUAGUGCUAAAAGCAGAACUGCCAUUCCACCCAGCAAUCCCAUUACUGGGUACAUACCCAGAGGAAUAUAAAUCAUUCUACCAUAAAGACACAUGCAUGUAAAUGUUCACUGCAGCACUAUUCACAAUAGCAAAGAUACGGAAUCAACCUAAGUGCCCAUCAGUAACAGACUGGAUAAAGAAAAUAUGGUACAUAUACACCAUGGAAUAGUAUGCAGCCAUAAGAAACAAUGAGAUCAUGUCUCAGGAACAUGGAUAGAGCUGGAGGCUAUUUUCCUUAGCAAACUAAUGCAGGAACAGAAAACCAAAUACCACAUGUUCUCACUUGUAAGUGGGAGCUAAAUGAUGAGAACUCGUGAACACAAUGAAGGGAACAACAGACACUAGGGUCUACUUGAGGGUGGAAGAUGGGAAGAGGGAGAGAAGCAGAAAAAGUACCUAUUGGUGAUGAAGUACUCUGUAUAACAAACCCCUGUGACAAGAGUUUCCCUAUAUAACAAACCUUCACAUGUACCCCUGAACCUAAAAGUUUUUUUAAUUGUAAAUAAAUGGAUCAUUAUAAAGAAAAUUUUAAUAAUAAAAUUGUCUUAUCAA